UCAGCAUGUCAGAAGCGAAGCCCCAGGACUCCGUGGAGCAGGCGACGCAGGCGGUGAAGGCCGUCAAGCUCGAGAAUGGCGCCGCACCGGGCGCGGCCAACGGAACCAAGCCUGAUGACAAUGCCGUCUCGUUUAAGGACGCCUUCAAAGCCUUCUCAAAAUUCGGCGACUCGAAGUCAGACGGCAAGCACAUCACGCUGUCCCAGAGCGACAAGUGGAUGAAGCAGGCCAAGGUCAUAGACGGCAAGAAGAUCACCACCACAGACACGGCCAUACACUUCAAGAAGCUCAAGAGUAUGAAGUUGGCUGAGGCGGACUACCUCAAGUUCCUGGAAGACUUGGCGAAGAGCAAGAAGGUCGAGUUGGACGAGAUUAAGAAGAAGCUGACGACGUGUGGGCAGCCAGGGUUGACUUCACAUGUCGCAAAAUCCCCCUCAGCCGCAGCAACAGUGGAUCGCCUGACGGACACCAGCAAAUACACGGGCUCGCACAGGAACCGGUUCGACGAUACUGGCAAGGGCAAGGGUAUCGCCGGCCGCAAGGACCUGGUGGAUGGCUCCGGAUACGUAAGCGGCUACCAGCACAAGGACUCUUAUGACAAGUCGCAUUAGCUCUAAACACUGGCUGCAGGGUCGUAAAUCAGAUUUCACCAUAGCAGCGCCACUC